UGUGCGGGGUAAACAGAGUAGCGCGAGGACUGGGACCGGCCGGGUGCGGGCUCUGAGGUGACGUGACACAGUGUGCACAGUGGACAGUCAUACAGUGCCCAUGUGUCACAGCGACCUGGGGUUGCAUCAUACCGAGGAGCAGAGGCAGCAAUAGUGCCUCAUCCUGUCCUGCUCUAGCCGGCUGCCGGACACUGAGCCUCUCCGGCCAUCUGCUGCUGCGUGACACUGACCAUCAUCCCAUUGUCCUGCUGUGCAAGAGGUGACAUUGCCCGUUGCGGUACCUCAGGAUGAAGUUCGCCAGGUUCCUGCUCAAACAUGCCGCUCUGGCGAAUGCCCCCAAACAGAUAGAGCGAUUCAGCCGCUUCUCACCGUCUCCUCUAUCCAUGAAGCAGUUCAUUGACUUUGGAUCAGCCAAUGGAUGCGAGAAGACUUCUUUUGUUUUCCUGCGACAAGAGCUACCUGUAAGGCUGGCCAAUAUAAUGAGGGAAAUCUACAUCCUGCCGGACCCCCUACUCGGGACCCCAUCUGUACAACUUGUACAGAGCUGGUAUGUCCAAAGCUUGAUGGAGCUAAUAGAAUUUGUGGAAAAGAACCCAGAAGACCAGAGGGUUUUGUCUGACUUCACGGAGGCGCUGGUGACCAUCCGUAACCGUCACAACAACGUCGUUCCCACCAUGGCCCAAGGAGUCAUCGAGUACAAGGAAGCCUUCGGGGUGGAUCCGGUGACCAAUCAGAACGUCCAGUACUUCUUAGACCGUUUCUACAUGAGCCGUAUCUCCAUCAGGAUGUUAAUUAACCAGCACACCCUUCUGUUUGACGGAGGAACUAACCCUGCCCACCCGAAGCACAUUGGUAGUAUUGACCCCAACUGUGACAUACUGGAAGUAGCGCAUGAUGCCUUUGAGAAUGCCAAGAUGCUAUGUGACCAGUAUUACUUAGCUUCCCCUGAGCUGAAAGUAGAACAGACAAACGGAAAAGCACCUGGGCAGCCCAUAAGUAUGGUCUACGUUCCUUCUCAUCUCUACCACAUGCUGUUUGAACUCUUCAAGAACGCCAUGCGGGCCACUAUUGAGAGUCAUGAGGACAGCCCUUCUCUGCCACCUGUUAAAGUCAAUGUCGUCCUAGGAAAAGAAGACCUUACUAUUAAGAUCUCGGACAAUGGAGGAGGUGUUCCUUUAAGAAAAAUUGAACGUUUGUUUAGCUAUAUGUAUUCCACUGCGCCACGGCCUAUGAUGGACAAUUCACGCAAUGCGCCACUGGCUGGUUUCGGGUACGGUUUGCCAAUCUCUAGGCUUUAUGCAAAGUACUUUCAAGGGGAUUUAAUGCUGCAUUCGAUGGAAGGCUUUGGGACCGAUGCCGUAAUAUACUUAAAGGCAUUGUCAUCGGAGUCUAUUGAGAGGUUGCCGGUCUUCAACAAGUCUGCGUGGAAACACUAUAAGAUUUGCAUGGAAGCCGACGACUGGUGUAUUCCAAGCAGAGAGCCAAAGAACCUGGCGAGGUAAGAAGAUGUCCCGGAGGUUUGCCGAGGAGCUGGAGAAAGGGAUGAAGCACUAAUUGCACAGGACUAUUACCUGCAAGUGUUAUGUAGCCAGGAGGUGAGAGGCAAACUGUACUGUACUGUACUGCGCUGGCGCUGGCCGGGGAUGCAACACUGAAGACUGACGAGCCAGUCCAUUGUCACAAGAAGAUGGAAACUUCGUAGCUAGUAGUUGUAUAUCUUCGCAAUUCUUCAAUUAUACCUAUAUAUGGUGCAUCAAUGUCAACAACAACCACCACAACACAAAAAUCUACUCAUGUUGAUCGCUGAGUAUUCAUUGGCUUGGGAAAUCUGCGGCGUCAGAAUUCGCUUCUUGUUACCGCUGUACAUGUGACUCCGUGUUCCAGGAUCCAUCUUUUACUAUUGUCAAAAUCAACUUUCCAGUAGAACAUUUAUCCACAAACUUAAGACUGACCAGCCCGAGAACACUACCCACUAUCAAUGAUAGUCCAUGUCCUACAAUACAUUCUUUUAUUCUGCAAACCUAUUAAUUCCACUCUCCCGUAAAGCACACACGUCUUAGAGAAGGUUUGUUUGCUAUUGCCAAAGAGGCCGGAUUGUAUAUUCUAGGUGGCUAUCACAGAUCGUUCUGUUUUAGUCAUCUCCAUACUGUGAUACAACAUCUAGUAUAGAACAAGGGCAUUGUAUGGAGCAGUAACAUGAGAUCUGUAUGUUAGAUGUUACUAAUGUUUGCACCAGUCAAAGUAGAUUAUUGUGCUGCUGACCGUACUCGCCAUGGCCGCUCAAUGGCGUAUAUGUAUUCCAGCAGUCUGCCAAAUGGAAACUCACAUGUGUUGAAGUCACUGUCUGAUUAUUUAACUCGCACAUCUAUGUCAAAUGAGGCAGAGACAUUGGAUGGCGGUAAUGGUGGAAACCUCUGCUAGUACUCUAGGUCAUUCUAUUGUGACGCAAGGUCUACAGGCACAGUAAUCUAAUGGUUUUAUAUUUCUGUGUUUCCAUUAAGGGUGAUAAGAACCGGAAUGGAUUUUUGUUUGCUUAUUUUAUUUUGAAUUUAUCAAAUGCGUGAGAAUCCAGGUUUGGAAGUACACAGACCAUACGAGAAGUUGCGUUAUAUGAAAGUUUUGAUUUGAGAUACAACAUUUCAGGGUGUUGGUAAGACUUGGUUAGGUAGGAAAGUUUUUAGUUAUUUAUUUACCCCCCUCCGGGGCACAUCAGACUUCCAUUUACUUUACUGCGGUUCGGCUUUUGGAGCCUAGAAUGCGGUAUAAGUGCACGUGCCAAAUGCAAGUCAUGUGACCACCCUUAUAUUGGCUAACUGCACAUUUUAUAUGCAAGCUUUAGAGACUGCCGGGGGGGCGGCUAUCUGACAUGUGACAGGUAUAUUGUGCACUUUGGUUUGAUGGUCCAUAUUGGAGCAUCAAUAUCCGAUGUGCCCAACUCUAAAUACAGGUGCAGAUCCAUUUUAUUUAAGGGCACAACACAUGCCCGGCUUGUGUACCACCCUGUAUCACCCCUGCCAUGUCUAAGUCAGGCCAGAUCAGUCUCCAUUAUACGUUUUACUGUAUUUCAUCAUUUAGGGAAUGAGCCCCACUAUGCCAUCCAUUUAUUUUAUUUUUUUACCCUUUUAAUUAUUUUCCAAGAAUUUAGAUACAUUUUUAACUUAUUAUUAAAGACCUCACUUCCAUCAUUCUAGAGACCUGCCUCUGUUUUGCAUAACCAGAUAGGCUUCCUGUGUUGUAAAAUAUCUUUAUGCUUUGUGUUAUGCAAUGUUUUCAUUAAAAAUCAAACAUUUUAAAUAUUUGAAA